CGGCGCCACACGUCACGCGAGAUAGCGGAGAAGCCGAGCUAGAAAAAAAAAAAGAAAAAGAAAAAGAAAAAACAAAAACAUCAACAAGACAACAAUUUCCCUGCAAGUAAAGUGUCAGAGCCGAGCCGCCCGGAGCUUCCCCAGCAGUCCUGGAGGAUGAUCUGGCCCAGGGAAGGCUAUGAAUUCCUGGGAGCAUGGGGAAAUUUCAAAUGAAGCGAUGCUUGAGAAAGAACAGAAGCCUCCCCUGGAUGUCGCGGAGGAGACGGAGGAUUUCGCUGUGUGCGAGCCUCCUCAGGAACAUGAUGGCAGAACUGCUGGAGCCACGGAGACCGGGAAAAGAUUAUCCACAGAGAUGAGCCCGAACACACAUCAGUCCAGCAGCAGCAAGAGAGCCAGAGUCUCUAGUGAGAUGAGGCGGGGCAAUACAGAAGAGACCAGCAGACAUGAACCCCUUUGCCUGACCACAACCGGAGAAAGGAGGGACUCCAUCCAGGAGAAGUCUAGCGUCUCCUACAGAAAGCCUCUCUUCAGCAUCUCCCACAGGAUCUCAGAGAAAAGAAACACUCCAAGUCUGGAGCAGCAGUCCAAUCACGGCGGCUUAAACCAGAGCAACUUCAGCUGCCUCCUUUCAUCCAAGCUCCAGAGUCUGGAGCAGAACGGCUCGGUGGAGACGCUCCCCACCGCCGUCUCUUUAGACCAACCCUCAACUACGGACUCCAGCCUUUAUCCGAUGAUUGAGAAAAUGUUUUUCAUUCUCAACACCCUGAAUUCAAGCAUGACUCAGUUGCACAGCAAAGUGGACUUGUUAACCAUAGAAGUCAUGCGGAUAAAGAAGCAAAUCAAGCCGGCGGAGAGGGUGACGGAGUUCCAGCCUCCCCCGGAGUAUCUGCUAACAAGCGACGAAUUGAAUCAGCUGAUGGAGCAAACGUCCAACGCGGGGGAGCUCGGCUGCCGGCUGCUCGUGCAUCUCUUCCCCGAGCUGUUCAAGGCCAAGGAGUGCUCCCAUGACUGCAUGGCGAGCAAGAGAACGCUGGAGUCUUUACACCUGCAGCUGAUCCGUAACUACGUAGAAGUGUGCCACCCGGCGGUCAAAAACAACAGUGUUUGGCAGGAAGAAUGCCUCCUUCAGAUCAAUGACUUCUUUAAUCGGUUUUGGUCGCAGAGGGACAUGGAGAGUGUCCGGCUGCUUAGGAAGCAGACGGACAUGGACGUUGAAAUAAAAGCGGAACAUCCUCAAAGCUACCAUUUCCUCAUGGACCAGGGUCAGGAGGAGCAGAUGUCUUUAGAUAGCCAGCAGGGCAACCUGGCCGUCUCAGAUCUCAGAUUUACUUCUCAAGCCUCGGACGAGUUGGACGAGUUCUCCUCCCCCGAAGACUUUGUCAUUUUUCUCAUGCAUCGUCUCUUCCCUGAAGUUUUUGAAGAGGGAAAAAUGCCGGAGGGCUCCAGCAGUUUAAGUCACGUCGGGCAAGUGAUUCUGGACUCUGACAAGAUGGAAAUAAUAAGAAAGUACAUGGAAGCAAAUUUUCCUGAUAUUCCCGAGGACAACUGGCUUCAAGUGUGCAUUCAGCACAUGGAAUACGCGCUGGAGGGCCCGCACAGCAACGGCAACGGCAGCGAACACGACAACAUCAACGACGACCUGGCCAGCCUGGCCGACGACGGUUCUGCUCUCAAGGUGCCGGAAGUGUGUGAAUACGACAGACCCGGUCGCAAGUCCAAGAAGCCGCUGCUCACACCGGUGGAUUUUGACAAGUUGGAGAUUCCUGCGCCCGAUUUUCCGGUUCCCCAAGAGUACAUCUUGUCCAGGGAGCAGCUGAAGAGCAACUAUGAAUGUAGCUUGUCCAUCGGUAACUUUGCCUCGCGCCUGCUGGUGCUGAUGUUCCCGGAGCUGUUCACCCACGAAAACGUGAGGAAGCAGUACAACUGCAGCGGCUCCCUCGGAAAAAAACAACUGGACCCUAUCCGCGUGAACCUGAUCCGUCACUACGUGCAGUUAGUCUACCCCCGGGCGAAGAACAAUAGAGUGUGGAUGUUGGAAUUCGUCGGCAAACUGGACGAGAGGUGCAGGAGGCGUGACACGGAGCAGAGGAGAUCCUACCUGCAGCAGCGCAAGGUUUACGGUCAGGAAUCGGAGCAGGACUUCCUCUGCCAGAUCAACCAGCUCCAUCCCGACGGCAUCAGAGAGGACACGGACAUCCCCUCCAUACCUCCCGAGAAAAGCAGCAAAGACUUUUGUAAAAUCCCCCUGGACGAACUGACUGUUUCCAUCCCCGACUUCCCCGCACCGUCCGUGUACCUGCUGUCAGACACUGAGAUCAGAGAAAUAGUCCAACAGAGUCUCUCCGUUGGGAACUUUGCCGCCCGGCUGCUGGUGCGCCUCUUCCCCGAGCUGUUCACCCACGAGAACCUGCGGCUGCAGUACAACCACUCGGGGGCCUGCAACAAGAAGCAGCUGGACCCGGUGCGAUUGCGGCUCAUCCGCCACUACGUGGAAGCCGUGUAUCCUGUGGAUAAGAUGGAGGAGGUGUGGCACUAUGAAUGCGUGCCAAGCAUUGACGAGCGCUGCCGGCGCCCCAACCGCAAGAAGUGUGACAUUCUUAAAAAGGCCAAGAGGUCGAGCACUGUGUCCUAGUUAUUAGUCCUUUGCAGCUAGUCCAGUUUUUUUGUCAUAAGAUAAUUUGUGCAGUACAUAAGCUGAAACAGCAUCGUGGAGCUUUUCAAAACUCUACCCAAGUAUGAAGCCAAGCUGUUUAAACUUUCUUUAGUACUAUUCAUACUUAUAUUUUACCUUUUUGGCUACAGCAGCAAUGUUCUUGUUUAUGUAGUUUUAUUAUCAUUGGAUUCAAAAAAAAAAAAAAAAAAAAGUUUAAACUGCUCCUAUUUAUAAGCCAAAACUGUCAUAGCUUGUCUAACUUUGUCGAUAAAUGUUGUAGCCUUAAAAAUAACAAAACUAUUGUAGCUAACAGCCUAGAACACACAAUUUCUCUAUUAAUCACAACGAUAUAUUUCCAUUUACUGAUGUAGCAUUGUGCCACCACUGUUUUCAUAACAUUGUGCUUACAAGUGCGUCCAUGAGUAUUUGCACGAGGAGAUAUUUUCACGAUUUUUUUCGCCCGUUUACACCACCAAACUGGAUUUGAAAUGGGGUUACGGUGUGAUUUGAGUGCAGGCUUUCAGCUGUAGUUCAAGGAAAAUGAUUGCGUUAACUAUAACUCUGUUUUAACUUCAUCCUCAAGAGCCGAUCUUAAUUUCAUCUGUCUGGACAAUCUUGUUCGACACUUUUAAAUAUGGUUUCCAGAAAAGAUGGACCCGACCUCUUUAGUUUUUUAAAGCACUAUGUUAACAUUCAUUUUGACAUUUUUUGUCAUUUCAAAAAUCGCCAAAGUAAAAGUUGUCAAAACUCCUGAAAAUGAAGCUGAAAAUCCAAACUUCAGUCACAUCCUACUUUGCCCAUUUUAAACGACUGUGGUGAUGUAUAGAAGGAAAAUAACUAAAUAUUGUCCUGGUCUAAAUGUUUACGGACAUGACUGUACGUUAAGCCUUCUUAUAGAAGUUUAUAUGUAUAAUUUAACAUGACAAUGGCUCAUGAUAACCUAUUUCUAAUAAAACAAUAAUUAAUGUAA